CAACCCAAUCGAAUUAAGCCGUAGGUGUCGGUUGCUCCAAUUUGGACUUUAAGCCGCCUUCACCCCUAACUUCACUAUAAGUACCCCCCAGUUCACCACCCAACAAUACUACCACCACUACUACUACUACUCUUCAUUUCGAUUCGAUCUAAUUUCCUCUGCUUCAUUAGCGUUAUCAGAGCUUUCUGCAGCCUUUUUUUCAUAUAUCAACCAAUGUCUCUCCCUGUAACACAAGGGAAAACCCUUCCUGACGCAUGGGACUACAGGGGCUGCCCCGCCGAGCGGUCCAAGUCCGGUGGUUGGACCAGUGCAGCCAUGAUUCUAGGUGUUGAGGCAUGUGAGAGGCUAACAACGUUAGGUAUCGCUGUUAAUAUGGUGACAUAUUUAACCGGCACCAUGCAUUUGGGCAAUGCUACCUCAGCCACCACCGUCACCAACUUCCUUGGCACAUCUUUCAUGCUCUGUCUUCUCGGUGGUUUUAUCGCCGAUACUUUUCUUGGCAGGUAUCUCACAAUUGUACUCUUCGCGGCCGUUCAGGCAACUGGCGUCACCAUUUUGACAAUCUCAACAGUGAUCCCAAGCCUAAGGCCUCCAAAAUGCAGUAGGGACAGUGUCACUACAUGCACCCCAGCAAGCGGCAUACAACUCGUUGUUCUCUACUUAGCCCUUUACUUGACCGCCCUCGGUACAGGCGGUCUCAAAUCGAGUGUUUCAGGGUUUGGAUCAGAUCAGUUCGAUGAUUCGGACCCUGAAGAGAGAUCCCAAAUGACAAACUUCUUCAACUGGUUCUUUUUCUUCAUAAACAUAGGCUCACUUGGUUCAGUGACCAUUCUGGUAUACAUCCAGGAUAAUUUAGGGCGUGAAUGGGGUUACGGUAUUUGUGCUUGUGCUAUUUUGAUGGGGUUGGUGGUGUUUCUAUCGGGUACCAAGCGUUACCGUUUCAAGAAAUUGGUUGGGAGCCCAUUGACCCAAAUCGCUGCAGUGUUUGUAGCUGCCUGGAAAAAAAGGCAUCUGGAGUUGCCAUCUGAUUCGUCGUUGCUGUUCAAUAUUGAUGAUGUAACUGAAGGAUCAAUGAAGAAGAAGAAACAAAAGUUGCCUCACAGCAAGCAGUUUCGGUAAGUGUUGUAUUUAAAAACCUGUCUACUUCAACUACUUAUUUCUUUACGCGUCUCUGAAGCUUAAAAAUGGCGGGUUCAAUUAUAAAAGGAAGAACACAAAAGAGCAUAGUUAAUUCCACGAGUAUAGUAAAUAUGCAAAAUAAGUAAGGUUGGAUGACAGUGGCAGUGGCAGGCUGCAUUAACUUGUUUUCUAUCAGGGUAAAAAGCAAUCAAAGAAUACAAUUAUUGAAUUAAUCAAGGUUCUUGAUAAUGGACCACCCUACAACCAGGACAUUUAUUGCUAGUCCAAUUCAAAGAAUCGACAAAACACGAUUGGAUUUUGCCUUUGUUCUCUCUUGCCUCUGGUACCUUAGAUUCAAACCAAAGUUUGCAUGUUCGCAAUUCUAGUUUAGGUUUCCUUUUCUCGUUGCCAUUUGCAACCAAAAGACAAACAUACUUUAAUAAAGUAAACAAACAAGAAAUUUGUGCCAUGUAUUUGCAUCCCAAACCGAAAGUUUUCCCCCAUAGAGAUAAGGACAUCUUGUGUUAUGAAAUAGAGAUUGGUUUCCUCCAGACCAUAAAAAUACGUGGGUGUUUAAGAUUAAACAAUCACGAGAGAGGUAAGUAAGUAAUAUUUACUAGAUAGUAAUAUCACGAGCCACCUUGCCAGACUUGUCUCCCAGUCGAUUCACUUCACGCGACUCCCCACUUAAUACUCAAAGUGAUAUUGCAUCACGCUCUAUUAAUAGAAAUUAACCAACACUUUCAUUACUUUUUGGCUCGAUGUCGUGUAUGGAAAGUUUCAGAUACAAAAACAAAACAAACAAACAAACAAAAACGCAUCUGUCUGUCGUUUCUUAUUAUUGGCUAUAUAUGUGUUUGAGAGCUUUAAAUUGUGUGCAGAUUCUUAGACAGGGCCGCGAUCAUGAACCAACCUGGUCUUGAGGCAAACAAGUGGAGUUUAGCUACAUUAACGGAUGUUGAAGAAGUGAAAAUGGUGCUCAGAAUGUUGCCAAUUUGGGCAACCACUGUCAUAUUUUGGACUGUCUAUGCCCAAAUGACAACGUUUUCAGUUUCUCAGGCUACUACUAUGGAUCGUCACAUUGGCAAAUUUCAAAUCCCACCCGCAUCACUCACAGUUUUCUUCGUCGCUGCCAUUCUCUUGACUGUCCCAGUUUAUGACAAGCUCAUUGCUCCAAUUGCAAAAAAGGUGUUAAACAAUCCACAAGGUUUAACCCCUUUGCAAAGGAUCGGGGUUGGUUUAGUUUUAUCCAUAAUAGCCAUGAUCGCGGCAGCACUGACGGAAAUAAAGCGAUUAAGAACCGCAAGCUCACGUGGUCUUACAAACAACCCGAUGGCUAAAAUCCCAUUAAGCGUCUUCUGGUUGGUCCCUCAGUUUUUGUUAGUGGGGGCUGGGGAGGCCUUCACAUAUAUAGGGCAGCUUGACUUUUUCUUAAGGGAGUGCCCCAAAGGGAUGAAAGCGAUGAGUACAGGUUUAUUUUUGAGUACCCUUUCAUUAGGAUUCUUCGUUAGUUCUUUGUUGGUGACCGUAGUUCACAAGGUCACCGGUAACAAUAAACCAUGGCUGCCAAACAAUCUGAACCAAGGGAGGCUCUAUAAUUUCUAUUGGCUUUUGACAAUUUUGAGUUGCUUCAACUUGGGAAUUUACUUGGUUUUUGCUAAAUGGUAUAUGUACAAAGACAAGAGGCUUGCAGAUGAAGGGAUUGAAUUGGAAGAAGCCGAACCUACCUUCCAUUAGAAGAACAUGACAGUUUCUUAAACUGGUUAAGAUUUUUGUGCUUAUAUUAUAACUUUGUAUUAUUUUUAGUCCUCCGCUUGACUUUAAAUAAGUCUGAAACCCUAUUUACUUGUACAAAAAGAAUGAUAAAAGAUCAACAUGGAAACUUCGAAAUGAUAUACAUAUAA